ACUAGCUUACCGUACUAACUUUCAUCAUCAUUAUUUUAUUUUGGCUUGCUUUUUUUAUUGUUCUCUUCCCUCAUGGCUUUGCAGUUUCCACCUAGGACUUGUUUCACAUGCGGAUCUCCUCACCACUUUUUUCGUGAGUGUCCGCAGGGUGGCAACGGGAACCGACCUCCGGCGACACAAGCUAAUGCUGUACCGACUGGGCCACUUCUUACGCUCCCAGCUCCGCAAAACUCAGCUCCGAGUGCUGGUGUUCACGUCCCAGGUACUGGAGGAUAUCAGUAUGGCGGACAACCGCGUAAUAGCUUCUGGAAGACUAACCAAGAGAAGCUCGAUAGGGUAUUUGGUAAGCUGCUUGCGGACGAAGAGAAGGAAAAUAAGCAGAAGGAAGAAGAAGAGCGAAUUAAGCGAGAGAAGGAGGAAGAGGAACGACGUACUCAAUGGAAGAAGGAACGCGAAAAGUUUGAAGAAGAUAUGGACGCAAGAUUGGAACAACGCAUGGAUAAGGUGAUCGGAAGAACCAAGGAAGGAGACGCGUCAGUAGAUGAGGUUGCUCGAUUGAAGAGGGAGAACGAAGAUUUGCGCCGGGCUCUGCUAAGUGGUAGUGAGGGCACUCAGGUUGAGAAACUCAAGAAGGAGAUAUCUGAUCUCAGAUUGUUGAUCGCUACUAAACACAGCAAGGAGGACGAGAUGACGACGACCAUCCGGCACGAGAUCGAGCAGCUCCGAUCGUCGUCUAAUUCGAGAGGAGACGUGGAACGUGAGCUUGCUGAUCUUAAGAGCGAACUCGUUGUGCUAAGAGGGAAGAAUGAGCGAGCGCUUAAUGAAGUUAACCUUUGGAAGAAUGAGGCCAUGCAGCCUGGGAAUAAGCGUGGCAGCGUGGCUUUGAACACUCCGGAUGUUGCGAAUCGGGGUAUGCCCAAGGCUCUUUGGACGGACCUGGGACAGGACGGCGCCGAUAAAUGGAAGAAAGUAGAGGCUCUGAAGAAGAAGCAUGCGUUGGCGGCGUUUGAGGUUUUGAGCUUGCAGAAGAAGAUGAGUGAGUUGUCUGCUGAAGAUCGUGGCGCAGACAAAACUGGAGGAGGCACUAAUCUGAAAGACAAGAUGGAAGCAGCACCACUUCGUUCGGCCUGGAAAGGGAAGAAGGUCACGCCGAAUCGUGAUGCUGUUAAGAAGACUACGGAUCGAGCCUCCUUUAUUGAAGAACAGAAGAAACAGCUUAGGCUAAUUCGUAAUCUGGCCUUGAAGCGUUGUGCAAGGAUAUUGGACCUGACACGGGCAAGGUGGAUCCGAUGAUCGAUGCUAUCGCUGAGCAUUGUGCCAUGCAGGUGUUUGGAAGUUUCGCGCGACGAAAUAUUGAUACGGUAGACCUUGAAUCGGAAUCAACCCAGGAGAUCGAU